CCCGCCGCUCUUCCUCACUUGGUCUCGCUCCGACCCUCCUGCACACGGUCUCCCUGGCACCCGUGAGGCCCAAAGGGACGAACUGCCCCGGCGGAGACUGCCAGGGCCCGGGUCUUACUUUCUCUUUCGCUCCGCCUUGGGCCGAGCCUGGGGCUCUGCGCGCUGUAAGCCGCUGGCCGGUCCCCACUGAAGCCCGCGAACUCCGCCGUCCGCACCACCGCCACCGCGUCUCAGAGCAGCCCGCGCGCCCUCCUAGCCCGGUGCCGCCUCCAUCCGCUACGAGUCGGGCUGGGGGCUUCGGCCCUUGCAGCCAGCAGGUGGGAACCGGCUGCUCCGCGGCCAGAGAAACGCGGCUUCAACAGACCCGGCCAUGGCCCGGCUACAGCGAAGCGGUGAGCGCUGUGCACAGAGAAUACGAAUCGCUCAUCCCAGCCGCCCCCUCCUCUACCGUAGGCCCGCGAAAGGGGCGUCCGGCACUCUGGCUCCAGGUCCCUUCCUGAUCACCAGGCCGUUCUGUCUGCCUCUCCAGGGUUGGAUCCUGCCUGGCUCGGCCUCGCGGUUUCCAGAGCCGAACUCUAAAAACAUGAGCCCAACGGGUGUAGGAUUUACGAUAGUUUUCCGAAGCCUGGCGCUUUCAGCUCGGGACCCUGCCGAACUUGGCCCCGGAUGCCUUAGGCCGCGCGCCCAUCCUAUAGGGAAAAGCAACUUCCAGCCUCCGCCAAGCUUCCCUGAGCUCUGCGAUUCGUGGCCCCUGGGUUAGGAGCCCCUUUCCCGCCGAGCUCCCUGUCCAGCUGCCCUUGACCUCGGCCUCCUGGGCCACCCAUGACCUCUGACCCCUCUUGGUGCGAACAGGGCCAGCAAUUUCCCAGCGGGUACGAAUGAGCUGUGUGCGUACUGCGUGACUAUCCACGACGCACGGUGCGGGUGUGCGGUGUACUGUUUAGAGUCUGGUGUGCACCGUGGGCCUUUAGGAGUCUCCGCUCCCUGGCUGCAGGCUGGGCUAGUCAGGCUCUCUAGGAUGAAGGACUCAGAGCUGGAAGGAGAAGAGUAAAGCCACUGCGCUCCUUUUGUCGCCGCGCCGCUUUCGCUGCAAGCGAGAGACUGGCUCAACGCACCCUGCGCGGCCCCGGAAACUUCCCAGAGGUCCACAGCCGGUCGGCGCCCUGCUGGGCCUCAGCUCUCCGCCUGCUCCACCUCCAGGUGGGGAAGGUUACCUGGCCCUGGCCUUACUUAGGAUGAGAACGAUGGGAACGAUGGGAACGGAACAGGCCUUCCCUAGAGGCCGAGAACCGGAGGACACAGCCGGUGGAACUGCUUCUUCUCUUUGCUGGGCGUUCUUAGAAAUUGCCCUCAGAAGCUUGCCCGACAGUCCCAGAGUCCCCUCUUGGGUGUCACUCUGAGACCCGGUUCCAGGCUGUGUGACUUACUACUUGCUGUCACCAAAGCCCCCUUAAGAAGGUGGUUGAGACAGCUCGGGGUUGCAAGACAGCUUCAGGGCCUACUGAGGACUUUUGGAUUUCAUUAGAUAAUAUUUUAAGCAGAUGUGGCAGGCUCCUGGGACACCUGACUCCAUUACCUGGCGCAAGGGUGACAAGCAGACACGCAGCAGCCAGCCCAGCCGCCUUGGCCAACAGGGUCAAGGGAUAGGGAAAGGAGCAAGGUCAGGGUUUUGCUCGGGCCCUCACACCAUGACUGAGACUGUACCGAGGACAGAAGGACAGCUGGGCCAAUAAAUGUGACCUCAGGACACAGAGCUUGGGGGGCCUGUCCAAGGGUAUGCACCUUGAGGUGUAAUUUCGUUUGCAUUUAUUUCUUAGUGUUCCUACUACAGACCUCUCUGCUUGGCUUACUCAAGCUGGACUUUUUAGGUGUCCCACUUGUAGGGGCCCAGAGUAGAGCCUUCUGUUGAGCUUUUAUAAGGAUAGAGGUGUCUGGGGUAGUCUCAGGGGGACUAUGAUUCAGCUAGUGGGAAACUAAGCCUGAGCAGGGGCAGAGUGAAGAUAGUUCAGGGAAGGGGGGUCCCCCUUACCCAGCUUGGGCCAGUGCUGGCCAGUAAGGGCUUGAGGCUGUCUUGACCCUACAUUUAAAAACGAAAUACUUAACAAUCACUUAUUCCUGCCACUGCUGUGAUCCAGGUGGGCAGGAUGAGGCUUGGUUGGUGAUGGUGCCUUCCUGUCCUUUAGUAACCACAUAGCACAAGUAGAAGGGUAUAGCUAGGAACCCCACCAGAGCCAUAUUUAGAGACCUGAUUUCUAUGGAGAUGACAGACCUUGUGGUCCCAAACAUCACACACCCCACCCUGCUAGGUGUGGGACUUUGUGUGAGUGUUGAAUGUGUUGGGGUGCUGAAUUGCUAAUUAGUGUAAUAAUUGUGUGAAGCUGCUUGGGUUGAAGGACUGGGGAGGCCCAGCACAAGGCCAUGCCCUUCCCUGUUGAGACAAGCAGGGGCCUGGACUGUCUGGCUCUUGCCCUUCUACCCUCUCCAGGGAAGUGAGAGCCCAGGGGACAGUCUUUUCUCUAGAGCUGCAACAGAAGCAGGAACCUGUAGGCGGGAAUUGAUUGCCUUGCCCGCUUCAGGCGAAAGGUGGGGCCUGCUUGGUGGAGGGGCAGCUGGGUGCAGGGCGCAGGGCUGGUGGCCAGUGCCCUGAGGCUCUGUGCUGUGUGCUGUGUGUCACAGGCCUUGUGUCUGCCACCACUGGUUGAUGUUAGAAGGGUCGGGGUCUGAGGCCUGGUGUGUGUGUGUGUGUGUGUGUGUGUGUGUGUGUGUGUGUGUAGGUCUCGCCAAAGCUUGUUUGUAAAGCAAGUGCUUGCUGGUCAGUCUCCCUUCCAGCUAUGCCCCAGGGUCUCUAGCAGUCUGAAGGACAGGUGUGGAUUAGACCCAGCCCUUCCUAGUCUUGCCUUUCUACUGCCCCCAAACCCCUACAUGGGCAGUGCUAGCCACAGAGAACUAACUCCUCACUGUCUGUUUAGAGGUUAGGUAAGGGUGGAAGAGAGUUCCCUCCCCCGGGGGCCAGCACUGCCUCAGCUGCCACUGCUUACAGGGCUUUGGUGGGGCAUGAGUAGCCCUCUGUUUUAUUCAAUUAGGAGGCAAUUAGGGGUCCUUGGGGGAGGGGGCUGGUACUGGUAAUUAAGGUUAUGUAUAAUUAGAGUUACAACAAAAUUAUCUAGGAUUAAAAAUCUUUUGAGUAAUUUCUUUAAAAAAUUUCAAAUAGCAUUAAAUACAAUUUAUCAGAUUUUGAAUCAAAAACCCCAAGCUUGUGUUGAAGGCUCUCGGGGAACAGUGUUAGCACUUUCCCUCAGGAGAGAACUUCCAUGAGGUGGAGGGAGUCUCUCUCUCUCUCUCUCUCUCUCUCUCUGGCUUCUGCUUGGCUGAAAGGCUGCUGGGGCUCAGAGCUUAGAUUCCAGCAGCCAGCUUCAGAUUGCCAGUUCCCGGCACCUGCCCAGGGAACUCUUUUCAGGUGUCUCCCAGAUCCCUUCUUACAGGGUCAUAGACGGCUAUGGGACCAGCAGUAGUAGGUGUCUACACUGCACCGACUUAACGCCUCUGACCAUGACAACAGUGCCUUCCUAUUGGGGGGGCACCUUAUGGCUUCCUGGGGGUUCCGCCUGAAUUUCCAGACCCUUCCACCUGGCCCAGAAACCCCUGUGCAAGGUCUCUUCUGCCUGAAGUGUCCCCUUUAGUGUCCCUUAUACAGGUGUGCCUGCCCACCCCGGGUUUGAACUGGGGUGGGGAGAACUAUCUGGGAAAACAAGGUGGAGGGUAGCCUGCAUUGUGAGUUGCUCUGCCUCUGUUGUGUGUGGCACCAACCCCGGAACAGACCCUCAAAGUGCCUGUGGGUGCACUUCCACCCUCCUGGGUAGGCAUGAGCCAGCAUCCCACUCACUGGUCCAGGGAAGGAAAGGAGAAUGUGUGGAACAGUAGGACACCUCCAGAGGUAAGAGACCCCAAAUAGGUACAGUCACUCACACCAUUGCACAGCAAGUUCCAGACCUUCAGGGUUUCUCAGUAUGGUACUGAGACUAUAGUUAAUUCCAUAGCAUUUUUUAACUAACUAAUUAAUUUUUUUUCAACAUGUCAGGGUUAAAGCAUUUCAAGACCAAUGCUUUCUGUGGUCUGUUCUUAAAGUAGAUUCCAUGUGCUAUAACCCGUGAAUACAGCCAUCAGAUUUAUCCCCCACUUGCCUGCAGAUUGGAAUCCUAUUUACUCAGGGCUGGACACUCCCCUCCAGGGAAUGAUUGUGUAGCCUGUCCUCACCUGGAGGUGGGCACCCUCUCCAAGAGCAAGUUCUAGGUUGACCAGGGAUGACCUGGCCUAGCCCCUCCUUGCCUUUUGCCCAGCACAAGUAUAGAAACCCCACAUGGAGGGGAAUGCCUGCUUACCCCACCCCCAAUCUAUAGGUGGAUCCACCCGUCUUCCUUAGGUCACUAGGGAGAUGUGGCAUCCCAUUGUGCCCCUGCUGCUGUCACCAGUAGACCUGAGCUGCAGGACUAGUGCAAGGUCUUCGAGAUUGGCUGUUGUGCCCUUAGCUCUAGUGGUCCUGAAGCAAGGGAUGGGUGCUCUCUCCUGUUCUGACCACUCUCCAUUCUCAGAUCCUCUACUCCUUGGAGGUGCCUCUCAUGAGGAGGAGGAACAAUACCCCCCGAGGAAGCUGAAGAUAGGAGUGCCGGCCACUUGAGAUAUAUAUUUGUUUAAUAGUUAACAUUUUGUGUCAAAAAAAAAAAAAAAGAGGGAACGCAGAUUCUGGUGAAGUCUUUGCUUAUUUUAUAUCCACUAUAACUAUUUCUGUCCAUGAAAAUUGGCUUAAUUAUAUCAAUGGAAUGUUUCUUUUUCAAUUCUGUAUGCAAUUAGUCCAUCUUGCCGGCUGCAAUUUAUUUUAAUAAAAAAAUAAACCGGUGGUGUGUUCAGUUCCUCGUCCCCUGGGGACAAAUGCGAUUGGUGUGUUUAAUUUCAUUAAGUACAAUGUGGCCUACUGGAAAAAAUGUCUGAAAUCAGCUCUAUGCGGCUUAAACACUGGCAUUUGAAACAAAUCAUUAUUGCAUUAGCUGUCAUACUGGUAAUUCUAGAAUCUAAGGAAAAAAAUAUAUUAUGGCUGUUUUUAUAACCCUUUGCAAAUGCUCUGUUAAAAUAAUUUAUAAUCAUUUUAAAACA